AUACCUCCUUUUUUGAAGAGCUAGGCGGCGAAGACAAUUUCCGACUGUUUUUCUAGAAUUUUAGAUCAAAACUUGAGAUUUUUUAGAUUGACAUUAACGGUUAUCUGAACUAGUUGGUUCUGUGGACAUAAUGAACCCAGACUUUCAAAAAAUCGGGGAAGCGUUUGUUGAGCACUACUAUAAAAUGUAUGACAGUGGUAUGAAGGAUGCAUUGCUCAGCUUGUAUCAUGAUACUUCUCUCUUGACGUUUGAAGGAGACCAGAAACAAGGAAAUGUUUCAAUUGUAGAGAAACAUAAGCUUAUAACUUCUAAAACAGCGCAUGCGGUAACUACAAUAGACUGUCAACCCAUGCUGAAUGGAUCGGUGUUAGUGAAUGUAUUAGGACAACUAAAGAGUGAUGACGAUAAACCAUUGCCAUUCACUCAGACAUUUGUGUUAUCCCCAUCGCCCGAAGGAGGGUUUCUCAUCAUGAAUGAAACCUUCAGAUUAGCGCUACACAACUUCUAAAUCUUUCGGACACUUAAAAACAAUGUUUGGAAUGAAACAGAGAGAUACUUAGUAACCUUAAACAAUGGAUCUUGUUUCAGAGUGACUUAUACACGCGUGAAGCACACAGCUGAUAUUAUAUCCAUCAAUUGGACAUUUUGGCUUGAUGUUAAAUAUCGAUUGGUACAGUCCCAUGAAUGACAUGUCAACAUAUUCAAAUACAUUUAAUGGAGAAAUUGCAUGAUUUGAAUUUUUUUAAACUGAAAGCGAUGUUCGUAAGUAAUAUGUUGAUUUUAUAUGUGAAUGAAAAGGAAAUACAUUAAGUGCUAUUUGAAUGUAGUUUUGUUUAAUCAUCUUUUUAACUUAGAAUUGGAAAAUGUUGAAAUACAAAUAAAUCUGUCCUGCAACUUUUGAUAUUGUUUAUAUACCUUGUAAAAUAUAUUUUCCCAUUCAAGUGAUCAACAUUAUUGUGUUUUUUAAAAAUUGUGUAUAUAAGGCAUAUCUAAUUUUUCAGUUGUUAGGAUUUCGUUUUAAAAAAGUUAAAAAAAUAUUUCCAUAUAAAACAUGUUUUGGUAGUGUCUUCUUUAAGCUCACAACGUUCCAUCAUAAGCUAUAGUCUUUAUAAAUAACUGAUUACUGGAAUGAUAAUGUUCCUUUAACAUUUUCUAGGAAUUUAAAUGAUAAGCCAUGCUUUUAGGCAAUAAAUAACUACUAUUUACUUUAUAGAAUACCUUAUCUUAUGUAUACAAACUGUACUUUCAUUUUGACCGCUUUUGUUGGCUUAUAACAUGCAUAACCCUUAACAAAUUGUUCGUUUUAUUUUUGCUUUUCUGAUUGAGGCUAGGGGCAUUGUGGUGCCAAUGAGUCGUUUAAAAGACCAAUAAUAAAGGCUAAGUGUUUAGCACGAAAUGCCAAUCGAAUGCCUCUAUACUUGGCCAUUGUGCAUGCUUCAGCUUCUGAAUUACUCUCUUAAUAAAACCAAUAAUGGAUGACUAAAUAAAUUUUUUAGGCUGUUGUGAUCUGCUUAAUGGAUUUUUUGUUGUCGGAGCUCUUCGAAAUGAUUACUGUGAAUCUGUUCAGCGAUCCAAUUGGCAGCGGCGUUAGCCUGAACACUAAGGCACAUAACACCUGUUAAUUAUUCAGUGUGAGUUACAAAAUCAGGUCAUAACAUGUACAAGGCAGGGAUCAACCAAGACAGCUGAGUGUUGUUUUUUAAUUUAAGAAUUUUCCAAAGUUUUUGUAGAGAAAAAGAUCUCUCCCGCUAAACAAAAUAGGAGGGUUGAACAUUUUUCUCAAGUCUUGCUCUGGUUAGAUCCCUGCAUUAAUGUAUGCAUAUUGUAUAAUUGUUCCCUCUUUUUGUUUAUAUAACUGUUUCAUUGAUUCUUUAGGUUUAUGUCAUAUUUUAAGACGCUUUACUUUGUGUUGUAUGGAAAAAAAAUCUGUAUGCAGUUUCAGACAUUUGUGAUUUUAAAGGCAUUUAAGAUGGACUGUUGAAUUAAUUCACCUUCAUUUGUAAUGUAAUUAACACUGACUACUGGUAUGAAAUGCACCUUUUGUUAAUAACCUUGU